AUGCAGCUCACUCACUUGCUCAGCGCUGUGCUCCUCCUGGCAUCUCCUGCUGUUCUUGCUCUGCCAACCGGAACCAGGUCAGCACUCGAAGCUAGGCAAACCAAUACCGCCGGCUCAACGUCCACUUCAACAACAAACGGUGGCUUGAUCAACACUGGCAGCUCAGGUGCUGCCGCCGCAGAAGACGGUCAAAGCACCAGCAGCACAAGCACCAGUUCUUGCCAACUUCUUACUGGUUGCUCCUCCGGCAGUUCCGCAGCUGGACCAACAGAUGCAAGCAGCUCAAGCUCUUCUUCAACUGCGCUAGGUGGCGUGCUUGCCGGUAUUGUGCGGCGUUUCGUCACAGUUUGA